AUGGCUGGUGAGAAGAAGAAGCAACAGCCUUUCUGGNNCUUGGUGGAGCGGCUGCUUCUAUGGCAGCAACAUGCAGUCAGAACUGAUGAUGAUAGCCGCAUGCAAGUCAUGCACCAACCGAAAAACAUUCUCAGGACAUUAGUAUUCUUUGCCGGUCGUGAUGGUAUCCCUUCUCUCUGGACUGGUUUGACUGGAUCCUGGCUCAGACAAUGUUCCUACUCGACCGCACGUUUCGGACUCUACAACUACUUUGCCAAGGAAGUCAAGCAAAGGACAGGAACCACAAAGUUGACCGCUGGCUGGGAAGUCGUGUGUUCUGGUGUGGCCGGUGGAGCAGCAGGUCUUAUCGGUAACCCUACCGAGGUCGUGCUCGUCAGAAUGUGUGCAGACGGUGCCAAAACUGCUGCGGAACGAUACAACUAUGGCAACUCCAUCCGUGCACUAUUCAGAAUCGCAAAGGAGGAAGGUCUAUCGACUUUCAGCAGAGGCUUGACGCCCAACAUUGUCCGCAGUGUCAUUAUGAACAUUUCUCAAAUCGCUACCUACUCCACCGCAAAGGACUACCUCCUCUCGAACCCCAGUCUUGGUCUCAAGGACGGCAUUUUCCUCCACUUCCUCGCCUCGUUACUUGCCGGAACUGUCGCAACUACUGCAUGUGCACCUGCCGACGUACUGAAAAGUCGUGUCCAAAGUGCUGCCACCGUAAACGGUCUUCCUCAUGAGAGGAUGGUCGCCCGCAUGGCUCAGACUCGCNNUCCCAAUACCGUGUUGAUGUUUGUCUUCAUGGAACAACUUCAACGUCUUGUGGGCGUCAGCACUGGUCAACCCAAGCCCGUCCAGGAGAAGAAGGCCUCUGAGGCCUUGAAGGCAUAG